UUCAUAAUUCACUAGCAAACGAAGCUCAACAAAUGCCAUUUAAGCAUUAUAAUUACUCAAUAAAUUGCCAUUAACGGGAAACAAUCUUUCAUUUCCCAGGAGAACAAAACAAGGCAGGCCUUCCUUCAGCCCUCCAACAAAUUGUUGGUAAACAAGGAAUCUAACAAGAUAUUGAACGCUCAGAGGCAAUGCGAAUGAAAUAUUUACUUAUUUAGUCUCCACAAUGAAGAAAUCAACCAAGUACAGUGAACUAAUUUAGCUGAAAUUCCCCAAUUCGCCAAAAGAGCAUGAAAAAAAUUAAAUAUCCUGGAGACUUAUCUCCUAUAAUACAUUCACACAAUUUCUCAGCAACUAAAUAGUGGUCAAACCAAUUAACAUUCCAUCAAACUUAACUCAAACCACCACAUAAAGAAAAGGAAAUUCUAUGCCUCCUCAUUCAACAACUUGUCCAACAGUAUGAAGUUAGAAACUACUGUCGCUGCCCUUCCAGGGAGGAGGUUCACUACUGUUUUCUUUCAAAGCUCGUCACACCUCACUCACUCGAAUUUACCAAACAACCUCAAAAGAUCACACGCGGUUUUAACACCAAACCACCACCAUCUCACGCUAUCGCCAUGGGACCUCGUAGAACCGCGUCCUUAUCCCUUUUUAUGUCACUCGCUCCCUAAACUUAUUUAAAGACGCACACUCUAUUGAAUGCACAACACUUACAACACCGAUCUCAUCGUUGAUUUUUCAAUCACAAAAGCGAAAAGAAUGGCAAUGGUUAGCGAAUGUCACUCACCGUCAUCUCUGAAAGACAAGCUGAAGUUGUCUAUUUGUUGUUUCCGAGGGGAUCCACACGAGCUUCUUGAUAACGAUGGGGACAGGCAACGGACGCCGGAGAAGUCUCUGCAGUCUGGAGAUCCAGAAUUCGAUAUGAGAGAUAGGUUUCGAGGACUGAUUGGACGGAGCGGAAAGAACAGGAGGCGGUUCAACUCCUCAGAUUUCCGCUACGAUCCGACGAGUUACGCUCUCAACUUCGAGGACGAGAGCCGCGUCGACGAACUGCCUUUGACAAAUUUCUUGUCGAAAUACCGAUGAUACCGAACAACAUGCCGGUGAAGGAUCUCGUGGAGACGCUGUUGUCGAUAAGGGCGAGAGUUGCGUGGAGCUGAAGUUGAAAAUUUAUCAUAAGUUUUGAUUAAAAUGAAAAUUUAUAUAAGGAUUUGGGAUAAGAGCGGAGGGAGUAAACUAGUAGUCGUUGAUUUAAUUAAUAUUUUUUUACUGUAAUAUUUGUGUAAUUUAAUGUAAUGUUUGCACUUGUCCAAAGAACUUGACUACUACCGAAAUUUUGGAUAUCUUUGUCGGACAAAAAAAAUACUAGUAAACUUACAAUUCAUUCUCAAAAUCAACUCUAAAUCGGUAUUAAAAUGAUUUUUGUUUCAA